UCAAUCCAAUGAUCCUCAAGUCAGUGAGUUCUUCCCCUCCACCCCUCAUUUACUUAUAUAUGCUCUUUUGUCCCUCUCUCUUUCUCUCUCUCUGUCCCUCCCUCUCUCUUUCCCAACAUAUUUGCCACACUAGCGGUAGUCUACUGCUUCAUCCCCUUAUUCCCUGCAAUCCACCAUUUCACCUAGCUUAUAGAACAAAAGAUAUCAACCAAGCUUCGUCCUCGUCCAUCACAGUCCAUCAUGGCCCGCACUUCUCGCCCACUCACGCCUGGAAUUUAUGUCCCAACCGUCGCCUUCUUUGGCCCUGACGAAGACCUAGAUAUUCCCACCGUCGAGCAGCACGCCGCCUACCUCGCUCAAUCCGGCGUCACCGGUCUUGUCGUGCAAGGCAGCAAUGGCGAAGCGGUUCAUCUCUCACGUGAAGAACGAAACGAGAUCACAGCGGCCACCCGUAGAGCGCUCGAUGCCAAUGGCGCCUCCUCCAAGCCCCUAAUCGUCGGCACCGGCGCCGCAUCCACCCGGGAAACUAUUCAACUGUGCAAGGACGCUGCGGCCGCUGGCGGUGACUACGUUCUUGUUCUUCCGCCCUCCUAUUACAAAUCACUCCUCACGACUGAGACCCUUCGCGAGCACUUCCGACUGGUGGCCGCGGCCUCGCCGAUCCCCGUUCUUAUCUACAACUUCCCCGGUGCCUCGUCGGGGCUCGACCUGACCUCGGACGACAUUCUUGCCCUAGCGGACCAUCCCAAUAUCGUCGGCGUCAAGCUCACUUGCGGUAACACGGGCAAGCUGGCUCGCAUCGCCGCGCAGGCUAAGCCAGGCUUUCUGACCUUUGGGGGCUCCGCCGACUUCACCCUUCAGACCCUCGUAGCCGGCGGCGACGGCAUCAUCGGCGGUGUCGCCAACCUGAUCCCCCGCGCCUGCGUUCGCGUCUUCGACCUGUACCGCGCCGGACAAGUUGAGGAGGCCCAGCAUCUCCAGGCCGUCGUCGCCCGUGCGGACUGGCAUGCUAUCCAGGGCGGAUUCGUGGCCGUCAAGAGCGCCCUGCAGACCUACCGCGGGUAUGGUGCCCUGCCCCGCCGGCCGUGUGUCGUGCCGAACGAAGACCAGGUGACGGCACUGAAAGAGUCGUUUGCCGAGAGUAUGGAACUGGAGAGGCAGUUGGAGAAACAUGCUUAGGCAAAGAGCAUGCUAGCUAGUCAAACAAAGGUUUUACUCCGUAGUAUGUUUCAUGAAUUCACGCAAAG